AUGCCUGGCUCUGGGUCUAGACCUGGGUCUGGAUCUAUGCUGACCGACAGAGCUCGACGCCCCGGACUGGAUAAUUUUGUUACGUCCAACUCUGUUACGACACAAAGCAACUUGAAAGGGCUAAGAAGGUUUAACUGGAACAGAAGGAAGAAGGAAAACAUAUUUAAACAGGUGAAUACUGCUCUGAAGGAUACCAUUACUGUUUCUCCUGUGACGGUUGAUGCUACUACUGAUGCUGCUGGUAUUGCACCUGAAACUGAUAUUGAUACUUCUACCAAGAAACCUUCUGAAGAAGACAGUCUGGAAGAAUUCGGCGAAUCUAUGAAAACUGCUAAAACAACCCACCAUGUAAACCUUCAUAUUGAAGAGAAAAACGAGGAGCCGAUUAAACCAAAGUUCAGAUUUCCACCGAAGCGAAGAAUAAAUGACAUCAAAAGAAUGCGGGAAAAAGUGGUGGCCGACGAAAACAAAAAACUUGCUAUUUUAAAAGAAAAACUUCAACAGUUAAAAUAUAGAAAACCAGAAGAUAUCAACCUGCACAGCAUUGAAAACCCAGAGAUUAAGAAGGUUGAACAAAAUAAACUUGCAGACUUUGCCAAUAUUGAAACCAAUACUGAAGAUGGUACACUUCCAAUUGAGAACAUGUUCACAGCGCAUUCUCAGGAUAAACAUAAUGUUGAUUUGAUAUCUAAAAAAGAGGAGGUAUUUGUACCCCCUCAUGAAAACAUAGAAUCAAAAAUGGAAAAUAACAGUGAAGAAAACGAAAUCCCAAUAGAAGUAGAAGGAGAAGAAAUAGAAGAAGAAGGAGAAGAGGACAUUAUUGCAAAGGAGACGGAAGAAGUACAGAAAAGUUCUGCUAUUGAAGCUGAAACUAAAUCUAUCGAACCUAACUUCUCUGAUGAAACUGGAGAAGAUAAGAAGAGCUCAGAAUAUGAAUAUGUUUAUGAAUAUGAAGAAGAAGAUACUCCUGAGAGUGUGCAAGAUAUAGUUACACCUCCUCCAAUGGAGGUCACAACAAGUAUUGAUGUCACUACUGGAACACUUUCUACUGAACAUUUAGACGAUGUUUACAAGAAUGAGAUAGGACUGAUGAAGUUGAAAGAUACAACCAAGGUUGAAAGAGACUCAGAGAUGAUAAGUAAUGAUGAACUAGGAAUGACGGAUGAGUCACAAAUGAAGAAAAACUCCGGAUUUCAAAUGAAGAAUGACAAAAAAUCAAGUUUUCUGAACAAAGACAAAAUCCACGGUUUUUUUGAGAAAAAUAUUUCUCUGAAAGAUAACAAAUUUCCCAGUUCUACCCUUAACCUGGAACUAUCCAAUGCUUUCCCCCACCUGGAGCUAAAACCUAUACCUGGAGAUCAGAUCUCUGUGCUACCUGAGAAUCUUCUAAACAGUAUCCUAGGAACACAUAAUAGUAAGUUUGAUGUCAAAGGACAAAUGUUGGAUCGAAAUAUUGAAUCUGCUUUAAAUAUAAGUAUACCUGAACAGAAUAAGCCUAGCUUCAACCAAUCUCAGAGAUAUCAACGCCACUCCACUCAUUCAAACAAGAAUGAUGAAUCCUACUCCUUCAAUUACGCGAUACUUGAUGAAAAAACUGGAAUAAUGCAUUCAAGGAAUCCUUCAAUCAAUUAA